AUGCAAUACUCAAACAUCAUCAUCCUUGCUCUCGCAGCCGGUGCCGUUGCUCAAAACUCAACCACAAAGGCAGGAAAGACAGCAGCAACCGACGCUUCCGCCACCGGUUCCUCCACAGCAAAGGCUGGCAAGACAGCAGCCACUGACGCCUCCACCAGCGCCGCAGCAAAGGCCACCGGCAAGACCAACGCCAACUCCACAGCCAGCGGCAAGGCUUCAGCAAGCGGAUCCGCAGCAAAGGCCUCAUCAACAGGCAAGACCAACUCCUCAUCCACCACCUCCGGCGGAACUGUCAAGGCCACCACCAACGGUGCUCCCUCGAUGUUGGCACAAAGCGGUGGAUUCGUCACGGUUGCUGGUCUCGGUAUUGCUUUCGCUCUGUUCAUGUAA